AAGAAUGUUUUACUUCGAAUUCACGUGCGCUUCUUCGAUAUUAAUGGAAUGUCAAAAAGUCAUAUUUGAUGAAAUGUGCUUUUUCAUAAGAUGAGAUAGCCGAAAAUAUGAAGGGAGUGACGUGUCGAUAAACCUGUAACUUUCACACAGUUUACAAACUGAAGAUAUAAUAUACGUACAUAAAACUGAAAUAUGUUUGUUAGAGAUGAAAAUUUUACGUGACUCUCGAUGCAAGGUAUGACGUAUUCUAAGUACAUUAUGGACUUUGAGCAAAUCUUAAGAGACCCAUGAAUCUGGUGGGAGUAGAUGCUUAAAUAGGGUAUGCCAGAGUUCGAUGUUACAGUCCUACACAUUUUGUCAAAAAGUACUUCGGUGUGUUGAAUAUAAAAAAUUAUAUACCUAAAUAUGGUUGUUACAGUUCAACAAAUAUGGGAGCAUACAUCGGGUGAGGCGUGGAUAUACCUCGUCAUUUUGAUCAGUCUUUAUAUUCUGUACAUCUUAAAAAGUUAUAUUAGAAGUGUCAUUCAUGUUUCUCGACUAAAUGGCCCGAAAACUGUACCCUUUAUUGGAAACGCAAACUAUACACUCAAGAAAAAUUUCCUUUAUAGAUUGGCACAUGAAAAUCAAGAUUAUGGACGUAUUGUCGGAGUUUGGUUGACAAUAUUGCCAUAUGUAAUGUUUCUGGAGCCAGAAGACAUCCAAUUGGUACUCGGUAGUACAAAGCAUACGCACAAGGUGUUUUUCUACAAAUUACUAGAUAAUUUUCUUGGAAAAGGUUUAAUUACACGAGACACAGAAACUUGGCGAGUUCAUCGAAGAAUUUUACAACCCGCUUUUCAUCUUCAUAUUCUCGAGAAAUUCACGAAUAUUUUCGCGGAACACGCAGAUCACUUGAUGAAAGAAUUUCUUAAAAAGAACAACCAAGAAAUCAAUAUUACUCCUUUCAUUAAUGAUUCAGUUUACAACAUUUUGAGUGAAACAGUUUUGGGAAUAAACCAAACGGAUCGAAGGACCAAUGGAAUGAUUGAUGAUUUACCUUUCCGAAAAGGACAAAUUAUGCUUUUAUACCGAAUGGUGAGGCCUUGGCUAUUAAUCGAAUGGAUUUACCGAUUAACUAAACAUGGUAGAAAAGAAGAGAAACAACGGAAAGAUUUAUUCGAUACUUGUUUUAAAAUGAUGGAAGAAAAGCGCAAGCUUUUACAAAAUAAUACACCUGCACCUGAUCAUGAAGUAAAACAGAAAAAAAGGACAUCUUUGCUGGAAUACAUGGUAGAAAUGAAGGAAAAAAAUCCUUGCUUUUCCGAUGAAGACAUUGUCGAAGAGUGUUGCACAUUCAUGUUAGCUGGACAGGAUUCGGUUGGUACCGCAACUGCGAUGACGCUUUUUCUUUUAGCCAACAAUCCUGAAUGGCAGAAUAAAUGUAUAGAAGAAAUCGACCAAAUUUUCAAUGGAAAUUCGAGAUUGCCUACAAUGAACGAUCUGAAAGAAAUGAGAUGUUUAGAGAUGUGCAUCAAAGAAUCAUUGAGACUAUAUCCGAGUGUACCAAUAAUAGCGAGAACACUAGGUGAAGAUAUAAAAAUCGGAAAGCAUGUGAUACCAGCUGGUUGUAGCGUGCUAAUAUGCCCAUACAGCACUCACCGUUUGCCGCAAUAUUUUCCAGACCCUGAGGCAUUUAAACCAGAGCGUUUUAAUGCAGAAAAUUCUGAAAAAAGGCAUCCUUAUGCGUAUAUACCAUUCAGCGCUGGUCCGAGAAAUUGCAUCGGUAAUAAGUUUGCAAUGCUCGAAAUGAAAUGUAUGAUUAGUGCAAUUCUUAGAAGAUGCCGAUUACAAUCGAUCCCUGGAAAAGAAGAAGUGCGACCCAAAUUUAGAAUGACAAUCAGAGCACAAGGAGGACUUUGGGUGAAAGUUGUUCCACGUGAUCAAACAUUAAAAAGCACUGCAUAAGUGUAAAUUAUUGUUUAAAUAUAUUUGAUUGUUUAACGAUCU